AAGAUCUGAUUAUGAAUACCGGUCUAGAUAAUUUUAUCUCGAUACAAACAAACAUAGCUUGAGAAAUGAUCGAUCUCGGUUUUUUUUUAACUCACGCGCGCAUUUACCCAACUUCCUUCAGCCGUAUUCACGUCGGAAGUACGUCAUCCGCGGGAUAUUUCGAUAGACAGCGGUGGAGAUAGCGCCCGCGUCGAUCGCGAAAUCUAACGAGCCCAUACGGAAGUAGCCGAAGCGAGGUAGUUGCGGUCGCCAUUUUCUCGGGUAGUCAUCCGAAAUCAUCUUGUCUCUGUCACCACGGUUAAUUUUGACCGUAUCUCGUUCCGGACGGGGUAAAAGACCGCCUCCUGUCCGCCGUAUACGUGCCACGCCGACCGUACGUCGCACCGCAAAUGGCUUGUCUGAACACCCUUAAGCAGGAAAUCAAAACGCUCGAAUCCGUCUUCCCCAAGAGCCAUGAGAGGUUUCAGAUAAUGUCUGCGAGCGUGGACGAACUCAGCUGCAGAUUCGUCGGUAAAAAUGGGAAGAAGUAUGAAAUACACGCCAAUAUCACAGAAACCUAUCCUUCAACGCCGCCCGUCUGGUUUGCCGAAUCCGAGGAGACUAGUGUUACGAACGCUGUACAAAUUUUAAGUAACACAACAGGCCGUGACAACCAUGUAAUCAACCAAGUUGGUAUCCUGUUGAAAGAGUUGUGCAGACUACACUCAUUACCGGAACCACCAGAUGUUGAAAGGCUGAGAACCGCUUUGGAUCCUUUACGUUUAGGAGGAUCGAAUGAAGCUGUGGCGCAAAGGAUGGAUGCUGAAGACUUAGACGAUAUUGACGAAGAUGAAGAGAGCGAGACUGAAGAAGACCUUCAUCUAGAUAUGGACGAAGGAGAUGCUAAUUCUAAAAAUAAGAGUGAAGAAAUGGAUUUGGAACAUCUCGCGACAUUGGAAAGGUUGAGACAGAAUCAGAGACAAGAUUAUUUAAAAGGAUCUGUUUGUGGAAGUGUACAAGCUACCGAUAGACUCAUGAAAGAAUUGCGUGAUAUAUACCGAAGUGACAGCUUUAAAAAGGGAAUGUAUAGCAUAGAACUAGUAAAUGACAGUUUGUAUGAAUGGAAUAUCAGAUUGAUGUGUGUAGAUCCUGAUUCACCACUUCAUAGCGAUCUCAUUCUUUUGAAAGAGAAAGAAGGCAAAGACAGUAUUCUUCUCAAUAUGCUUUUCAAGGAAACUUAUCCGUUUGAACCUCCAUUUGUAAGAGUCGUACAUCCUAUCAUAUCUGGUGGAUAUGUUCUUGUGGGAGGUGCCAUUUGCAUGGAACUUCUUACAAAACAAGGGUGGAGUUCGGCGUAUACAGUAGAAGCUGUUAUAAUGCAGAUUUCAGCGACGUUAGUGAAAGGGAAAGCGCGUAUACAGUUCCAAGGAUCAGGCGGCGCUGGCAAAGUGUGUGGCGGACAAGGCCAAUAUAGUUUGGCACGUGCCCAACAGUCAUUUAAGUCUCUUGUACAAAUACACGAAAAGAAUGGUUGGUUCACACCUCCAAAGGAGGAUGGCUAAUGAACACCAACCUGCGGAAAAGUACCGAAAAUAUGAUACAUGCUUACAGCUGAGACUUUAAUUCGGUGUGUGCCCAACAAGUAAUUGUUAUGAUAAUGAUUUGAUACACAAACACAACAGUAACUAGGUAACUUAAGAUACUGAAUUAAUCUAACAUAUAAUUCCUUUGAUGGCUAAAAAAGCUGCCGUACACUUUGGUUAUGUAUCCAUAUUUUUUUCGGUCAUUAGUAGUUAGAUCGCGAAUUGUAUCGAUAAAUGUAAGGUAUCAUUUUGCUUGAAAGUGAUUCUUAUGUUUUAAGAAUCAUAUUGUUACAGUAUCGUAAUUUUAUGUACUCGCUUCCCCUUAAAGAUACAUAUGUUGUACGUGCGAAACAGUAUAAUUAUUCUGAAAAAUUUUCGUUUUCUGAAUAAUGCGAUCGUGCUUUCUGUUUCUUUAACGGGAGGAGAUUAUGAUUGAACGUUUUACAUAAAUGAUGCUGAACACAUUUUUAAGUUUUUUCUUUUAUUGUUUUAUUAUUGUAUCUUCUUUAUUUUCUCUGAAGCAACUGUUAUGCUCGGUGCAUUUCAAUGACGAGGCUGUAUUUCGUUGCUAAUAUGCCGUAAACAAGUAAAAACAGUCGUAAAAAUG